CAUCCUCCAGUUCCUAUCCACCCUCGCUUUCCCCUCCCAGCUGCUGCCACAGAUAGCAAUCCCCACCCACGCACCAGUACCUUUCUAGUAGAUGAUGAGCGGCGGCGGCGUGGAUUCCGGGAGCGGCGGUCCGGCCGGCGUGGCGCCGUUCGUGGCCAAGACGUACCGGAUGGUGGACGACCCGAGCACGGACGGCGUCAUCGCCUGGGGCAGGGGCAGCAACAGCUUCGUCGUCGCCGACCCCUUCGUCUUCUCCCAGACCCUGCUCCCCGCCCACUUCAAGCACUCCAACUUCUCCAGCUUCGUCAGGCAGCUCAACACAUACGGAUUCCGGAAGGUCGAUCCGGACAGGUGGGAGUUCGCCCACGUGUCCUUCCUGCGCGGGCAGACGCACCUGCUGCGCCAGAUCGUGCGGCGGAGCGGCAGCAGCGGCAAGCGCAAGGACGAGCUCGGCGCCGCCGGCACCGCGGAGGACGACGAGGACGGCAGCAGCGCCACGAUGGUGGCCAUGGAGGUGGUCCGGCUCAGACAGGAGCAGAAGGCCAUCGAGGACCGCGUGGCGGUCAUGUGGCGCCGCGUGCAGGAGACGGAGCGCAGGCCCAAGCAGAUGCUCGCCUUCCUCCUCAAGGUCGUCGGCGACCCCGACGUGCUGCGCCGCCUCGUCGGCAACACCGCCACCGGCUCGGGCGGCAGCCCCCGAGGCCACGACGGCGGCCGGGACGAGGCCGGCGCGGAGGUCAAGAGGCCGCGGCUGCUCCUCGACCAGCAGCAGCAGAUCGGCAGGAAGACGCCCGUCGACGGCGGCGCCGGGAACGGGCUGUUCUACGACGUCAGCCACGACGCGUACGUGCCGGAGCCCAGCGUCGACUUCACCGGCUUCUACACCGGCGGCGACGGCUUCAGCGACGUGCAGCUCGACGGCGGGGACCCGCCGCAGUACGCGUUCCCCGUGGAUAGCAGCAGCGGCUACUGAAUGACUCACUGUGCAAAACCGCGAACGCGAACCGCUUUGGUUGGUUCGGCCGGCUGGCGCGGCCGGGCUUCGCCCACCGAUUUGUGUACGUAUUUUGUGGCGAAUUGCCCGACGGCUCGGCCGUCCCGAACCGCUCUCUGUAAACAAAGGAAAUGCUAGGUUAGGCUAGUGUACCCAGGCAGGCAGGCUGCUGCUACCAGUACCAGCCAGGUUCUUCCUUUCCUUUCGGUGUGCGCAACUGGAUUGUGGGGCAUCCGGAUAUACAGGCGCGCGCUUAAUAAGUUGUUGUAAAAUGAGAAACAUUGCUCGGCCACCGUUUCUUCUUC